UAAAUUCUCUUUCUUUUUCUUUCACUUGUUUCAUGGUUCAAACAAAUUCUCUAAUUUCUCUCAUGUGAUUAAUUAAUUGAUUCCCUUUGUCUUUAUUUAUUUGUUGUUCCAACUUGUACGCCCUCCUACUAUUUAUCUUUCGGUUUCCAUCCAAACAAUUAAUCAUCUCCUUUCCUCAUCGGCUUUGUCUCUGACUCUGGUCUCUUCCAUCUAAUAUCAUCUUGGUUUGUUUUCUUCAUUUUCUUCUCAUCUGUUUUGCUCUCUCUUUCUCUGUAAAAUAUGUCUUUCCGUAUUGUCCGGCGUUCCAAGUUUCGACAUGUCUAUGGUCAGGCUUUGAAACGGGAACAAUGUUAUGACAACAUACGGAUUACCAAAAACUCUUGGGACUCUCUUUUCUGUGCUGUUAACCCCAAGUUUAUUGCUAUUGUCAUCGAAGCUGCUGGUGGAGGAGCUUUCCUAGUUUUACCGUUGAGCAAGACUGGACGUGUCGAUGUUAAUGCUCCCAUGGUAUCAGGUCAUAAAGGCCCAGUUUUGGAUAUCGCUUGGUGCCCUUUUAAUGACAAUGUUAUUGCUAGCGGAUCGGAAGACGCAAUAGUUAGAGUUUGGCAAAUUCCUGACGGAGGGUUGACUAAAUCUCUUACUGAACCCAUCGUUGAACUAAGUGGACAUCAAAGAAGAGUUGGUCUGGUUUCUUGGCAUCCAUCAGCGAACAAUGUUCUGCUUUCAGCAGGAGCCGAUUGUCGAAUAAUCAUUUGGAAUGUUGGCACAGGGGAAGUUUUAUCAUCAAUCGAUCAUCCUGAUUUAAUUUUCCAUUGCUCAUGGAGCUGGGACGGAAGUAGAUUAUGCACAACAUGUAAAGAUAAAAAAAUACGAAUCUAUGAUCCAAGAACAGGAGAAAUGGAACAGGAAGCUGAUGGUCAUGAAGGAGCGAAGCCACAAAGAGCGAUGUAUCUAAAAAACAAUCUUAUAUUUACCACUGGCUUUUCAAGAAUGAGUGAAAGACAAUACUCUCUGAGAAGCGAAGCCGCCCUUGGUGACCCAAUUGUACUCGAAGUUCUUGACACUAGUAACGGUGUUCUUUUCCCGAUUUAUGAUCCGGAUAUCAAUCUGGUUUAUUUAUGCGCCAAGGGUGAUAGCAACAUAAGAUAUUUUGAAAUAACAGAAGAACCACCGUUUGUCCACUACAUAAGCACCUAUCAGUCCACGGAACCUCAGCGUGGAGUUGGCUCUAUGCCCAAACGAGGUUGUGAUAUUUUAAAUUGUGAAAUUGCGAGAUUUUUCAAACUUCACUCGAAAGGUUUUGUAGAAGUGAUAAGCUUUACGGUGCCUCGGAAAUCGGAUCUUUUCCAAGGAGACAUUUUCCCUGAUACUCAAGCAGCAGAGCCCGCGAUCACGGCAGAAGAAUGGAUUAACGGUGUUGACCGAGAACCCAUUCUGAUGUCCUUGAAAGAUGGAGUUGCUCAACCCAAGAAAGCAGAAUUCAAAGCUCCUCCAAAGAAGCCCAACAUCCUGGACAAGAAUCCAGCCAAGAAACUUACUCCCUCGGGUUCCAAAGAGGCUACACCAUCACCGCCCGGCUCACCUUUACCUGCGAAUGCAAAUUUAAAACUAGAGGAGCUAAUGAAUGAAUUGAAAAAAAUGAAAACUGUCAUUCUCAAACACGAAGUAAGGAUUCGUGAUCUUGAAGAAAAGUUUUCAGUCGAUGCAAAUGCCAAUAAUAUCGCUAAUAAUGGCGAAACAUUGCUUCCUGAUGAAGUUUAACAAGAUAAACUUUCGAAGAAAGAUCACACCCGCUUUUGGUCACAUUUCACUCCGUAAAAUAGACUCUGACUGAUAGACUCUCUAAAAUCUUACCGAAAUAAAUUUGCGCAAAUGGCGCUUUUUGCAUCUAGUUUUUUAUUAAUUUAUCAAAUACAAUUCAACUAGGCACCGAAGCUAGUCAUUGUAUUGUCAACUGACUAAGCGAAACAAAUCUAUUAAUCAACGCACUACUAAUCGACUCAACUGAAAUUGAAAGCUCAUCGGCGGUUAGCCGACUCAAUCAGAGUUAAUGACUCAGACAAAUAACUAAUCAGAACAUUUAAUCUUAUCUCAACCCUUAAUUUUCAAUCAAAAUGAUUAAAGUUUUUAACAAUUUGAAACAAAUUUCUUGUAUUCUGUCAUUUUUGCAUUAAAAGUAAUUCAUUAUCA